CGAAUCUUUAUUCUUAUUGGUUGUGUUUAGCUAUUCAUCGUAUUUUUCUUCAACUUUUAAGGCACGGUCAUGUGGUUAUACAUCUGCCUACCUCUAUUUGCCUGCUUGAACACAGUCAUCUCCCGAGAUGUUGGUAAAACUUUGAAUAUGAGAACCUUACCUCAUGUUACCAAUUCACUGGUUAAUCUUGGAAAAAUUGACAUUUCCUUUCAUUUAAAUGUUGAUCCAAAAGAUCUUGUGCCAAUGUCUGAAGUACGGAAUCAAGUGUCUAGUUCUUUGCUUUCACCUAAAUUAGAAACUGUAAUUGAAGAAUCUUGCCCUUGCUCUGGCCUAAGAUACUUCAAGGAUACCUCCGUAAACCAUCCGUCUGACCUGCUAAACAAAAUUCUAUCUGGUAACGAUUUAUUCUCAUUCAAGGAACACAACUCUUCUCCAUUAUGUUGUGACUCUCAUGAACACGAGCAAGAAGAUGUUCUAUUGGAGUUUGUUCCCAAGCAAAGUCAAAUGAUACAAAAACCACAACUAUCUAAUUCUAAUCCAUUUCUACCUUUUUUGCUUAAUACCUUCAAACAAAAUACGAUUUUUCCAACUGUCUCGGCUAAACCAAGAGCAGUAGAAAUCUUUUUCUAUCCAAAGAAACGUGGAAUGUUACCCAGUGAUAUAGAGAAACUCAAACCUGUAAAAAAAGACGACGUUAUACAAAUUGUCGGAGACAAAGAAAUAAGAAAUGAUUUCAAGACAAUGAAAUUCGUGCCACCUCGUCCUUCAUCGGUGAAAAAAGAUUUGACUUUGCAAGAAAAAAAUAAAUCUGUGACUAAAAAGAAGGUAGAGGUAACGGCUACUGAUAAACAUUUGAAUACCGUACGAUAAUUUUAAUUGGAAUAUGAUAAUAAAUAUUAUUUUUCGGGGAUA